CUUACAGAGUCCGACAUAAUCACACCAAAGUCAUUCUGCAAGGGACGACCUGAUAGAAAGACCUGCGGACCUGCCUGUUCCCCUCUCAAUUCGAUUAUGAGACCAUUGAUCUGCGGGAUCUUCUGCACGAUUUUCGUGCGCUGGAUCCAUUCAGAAUACGCGGGUGCUUUGACUGGAUUCCACGAGAAAUAUAUUAACAGGAUCGGCGGAUCCCCCCAAAACGGCAGAGGACAAAGCUCUCGUGCUCGCGAUCCGAACAAGUAUCCGCUGUACAUGAUGCAUCUCUACCGGACUUUACUAUCUGGAGACAGCAAAUCAACUGUCAACUCUUUCAGGCUCAGUCAUGAAAAUCCGUCUCUUCAUAAUUCCAAUUCAGUCCUAAGCUUGGUCGCAAAAAGCUGCUACCAGGUUGGUGACAAGUGGGUGAUUACAUUUGAUAUGUCCUCAAUCUCAGCGACUGAUAACGUCCAGCGAGCAGAGCUACGCAUUGGUCUGCCUGAGUUUUCCACCUCCGAUAACGCAAAGGUGGACAUUUACCAUGCUCCGAAAGACAAGUGUAAUCAGAAUUUCUGCACUGAAGAACGUCUUCACUUGGGCAGCCUGAGAGCAACACCAAGCAGCUCUGCAUCACACUCCUCCUGGAGGGUCCUCAAUAUCACAGUCUUGCUCAAGUAUUGGUUGCACCAGGGCGGACCACCACCACACCAGGGAACAAUUCAGGAAGACCAGAGCAACACAGGAACCAGUCAUGGGCUUAAAACUAUUCAGCAUACCACAGCAAACAGUGUCAUGAUAGUAGUCUACUCCAAGCAAAGCCAGGCAGACACAUCAACCCUCAUCCACACAGCUGAACACUCAAAGUAUGUAGCUGUGGAUCGGGGCAGUGGAGGUCAGGGGCCCGUGGCCCGGCGGCAAAAGCGGAACCACAGAGCUCAUAAGAGAUUGCAUGAAGGAUCUGGGGUUGGCAGGCUGCCAAGUCCCUCACAUGCAGAGGGUGCAACAAAACCUUUGUGCAGAAAGGUGGACAUGUGGGUGGACUUCGAGCAGAUUGGCUGGAGCAAGUGGAUCAUUUAUCCGAAGAGGUACAAUGCUUAUCGCUGUGAGGGUAGCUGUCCAACACCUUUGAAUGAGUCCUUCUCCCCAACAAACCAUGCCUACAUGCAGAGUCUUCUGCUGCUGCACCAUGCUGACCGUAUCCCCUGCCCGUCCUGCGUACCCACACUCCUGGCUCCUGUCUCCAUGCUCUACUACGAGAAUGGCAAGAUGGUGAUGCGGAACCAUGAGGGCAUGGUGGCAGAGGCGUGCGGCUGCCGUUAA